CAGGCCAGUAUUGACAAGGCUUUCAAUAGCUCAACCAGUAUUCAAAGUAACAAUGAUAAGGUGGGUGAAUUGAAAUUACUUACUUGCGCAUAGUGCAUGUGAUCCCUGUGGGUAGUUUUUAAGUCAUGGUUCCUUGACCUCAGGAUUUCAGAGACAAUCUAAGAAAAUGUGACUCUGAGGACAAGGCAGUGCAGUUUUGAUGAAUCCAAGCAAUAUAUAUUUAUUUAUUUAUUUGGCAUAUUAAAGUUCAUUAAUUAGCAGCUACCCAGAUUAAUUGCAUGGUACCUUUCAAGAUUGCCACAUGCACUUUCAGUCCUUUUCUCCAAGAACUUUCCUCAAAACUACUGUAUAAAAAUCACAUGACACAGGGACAAGUUGUUCAAUUUAUACCUUGAAUCAAUUUCACUAGCUGCACAUGAAAUAGAUUAUUGGGUACUUUUUUUGGUCACUGUUACACUGUUUUUUUUUUUUGUUUUCAUUUCUUUAGCUCUUGUUUAAAAUGUUCACAACUUUUAAAUUGAUUCUUUACACACUUUCUCUGUGAGCUGUCACUGAUGUGCACCUUACCUAUAAUUUGUGAUUUCAGGGGAUAUCCCUAUCCUGUCUUUUUAGUUCAAGUUUAAGAUAGAAUUUAUAUAUUUUUUUUUUUUUCAGAGUGAUUUACAAGGGCCAGGCUCUAUGAGCAACAGUAUGGAUUCUCUCAACAAAGUUUCUGGACCAUCAAGGUUUGAUUGUCUUGCUUUUUGCAUUCUGUUGCUGGAGAUUUCUUUAAUGCAGUUAAAAGCAAUUUAACAGAGUUGAAAACUAAGAGGAUCAGUAGUAUUCAGCUGUUUCUGCAUAUGCGCACAUGUCAGAGUUCCAUGUGCUCUCUGAUUGAGGCAUUCUUGCACGUGCUUUGAGCAUGAGCUUGCAGCAUGGUUUGGACCAACAGUUCAUCAUCCAGGUAGUUUUCCCCACCCCUUCCCCCUCUUUCCACCAUUUAUUCAGUGUGACUGAGGUCUGCUUCCCUUUUCUGCAUGGGGGCUCAUGGCUGGGUUGCAUGGAUUUGCCAUGGUCCCUGCUCUCACCACUGUGCCAUCCCUGCACUCAUCACUGUGCCAUCCCUUCUCCCAUCACUGUGCCAUCCCUGCUCUCAUCAUUGUUCCGUCCCUGCUCCUAUUACUUUGCCAUCCCUGCUCUCAUCAAUAAUGCAAGGGUCUAUGCUUCCAUCACUGUGCCAUCCCCGCUCUCAUCACUGUGGCCCAGGUCCCUGCUCUCAUCACUGUGUCAUCCCCACUCCCAUCACUGUGCCAUUCCUUCCUGUUAUUUCAUAGACAGUACUCUCUUGGAUCAUACAGAUGACACUCCAUUUUGGACCUGGUUCACUAAAAGUUAAUAUUAAUAAUUACAUUCAUUUGGUGUUUUAACAGUUUUUAUUACCUUUCAAUGACAGAAGUAAUCUUGAUGUUAUUAGAGCUGUCUCUGGUAAUGACAAGUGUGCAGACUGCAGCAGCACU